AUGUGUGUGUGUGUGUCUGUGUUCACAGGCUCGGAGCCACCCUUGUCUCCACAGGUGGUGGAGGAGGGAGGAGAGGAAGAUGAGGAGGAGCUGAGUGGAGGAGAGGAGUCAGACCUGAUGACCCUCUCGGGGCGUGGUUCCCUGCUGACGAGGAGAGGCAUCACUCUGAGAGUGCUGCUGAAGGACAGCCUUGUGGAGCCUGGGGAUGGAGUUCUGUCCAUACACUACCUGGUAAUGCACCUGUAACAGAUUAUUAUAAUACAUGUCCAUACACUACCUGUAAUGCACCUGUAACAGAUUAUUAUAAUACAUGUCCAUACACUACCUGUAAUGCACCUGUAACAGAUUAUUAUAAUACAUGUCCAUACACUACCUGUAAUGCACCUGUAACAGAUUAUUAUAAUACAUGUCCAUACACUACCUGUAAUGCACCUGUAACAGAUUAUUAUAAUACAUGUCCAUACACUACCUGGUAAUGCACCUGUAACAGAUUAUUAUAAUACAUGUCCAUACACUACCUGGUAAUGCACCUGUAACAGAUUAUUAUAAUACAUGUCCAUACACUACCUGGUAAUGCACCUGUAACAGGUUAUUAUAAUACAUGUCCAUACACUACCUGGUAAUGCACCUGUAACAGAUUAUUAUAAUACAUGUCCAUACACUACCUGGUAAUGCACCUGUAACAGAUUAUUAUAAUACAUGUCCAUACACUACCUGGUAAUGCACCUGUAACAGAUUAUUAUAAUACAUGUCCAUACACUACCUGUAAUGCACCUGUAACAGAUUAUUAUAAUACAUGUCCAUACACUACCUGGUAAUGUACCUGUAACAGAUUAUUAUAAUACAUGUCCAUACACAAAUACACUAUAUGGCCAAAAGAAUGUGGACACGUGCUCGUCAAACUUCUCAUUCGAAAAUCAUGGGCAUUAAUAUGGAGUUGGUCCCCCUUUGCUGCUAUAAUGGCCUCCACUCUUCUGGGAAGGCUUUCCACUAAAUGUUGGAACAUUGCUGCGGGGCUUGCUUCCAUUCAGUCACAAGAGCAUUAGUGAGGUCGGGCACUGAUGUUGGGCGAUUAGACCUGGCUCGCAGUCGGUGUUCCAAUUCAUCCCAAAGGUGUUCGAUGGGGUUGAGGCAGGGCUCUGUGCAGGCCACUCAAGUACUUUCACACCGAUCUCGACAAACCACUUCUAUAUGGACCUCGCUUUGUGCACAGGGGCAUUGUCAUUCUAAAACAGGAAAGGGCCUUCCCUAAACUGUUGCCACAAAGUUGGAAGCACAGACUCGUCUAGAAUGUCAUUGUAUUCUGUAGCGUUAAGAUUUCCCUUCACUGGAACUAAGGGGCCUAGCCCGAACCAUGAAAAACAGGUCCAGACCAUUAUUUAUCCUCCACCAAACUUUACAGUUGGCACUAUGCAUUCGGGCAUGUAGCGUUCUUCUGGCAUCCGCCAAACCCAGAUUCGUCCAUCGGACUGCUAGGUGUUGAAGCGUGAUUCAUCACUCCAGAGAACGCGUUUCCACUGCUCCAGAGUCCAAUGGUGGCAAGCUUUAUGCCACUGCAGCCGACGCUUGGCAUUGCGCAUGGUGAUUUUAGGCUUGUGUGCGGCUGCUCGGCCAUGGAAACCAUUUCAUGAAGCUCCCGACAAACAGUUAUUAUGCUGACGUUACUUCCAGAGGCAGUUUGGAACUCGGUAGUGAGUGUUGCAACUGAGGACAGAAGAUUUUUACGCGCUACAGCACUCGGCCGUCCCGUUCUGUAAGCUUGUGUGUCCUACCACUUCGCGGCUGAGCCGUUACAGCUCCUAGAUGUUUCCACUUCACAAUAACAGCACAUACAGUUGACCGGGGCAGCUCUAGCAGGGCAGAAAGUAGACUAACUGACUUGUUGGAAAGGUGGCAUCCUAUGACAGCGCCACGUUGAAAGUCACUGAGCUCUUCAGUAAGGCCAUUCUACUGCCAAUGUUUGUCUAUGGAGAUUGCAUGGUUGUGUGCUCGAUUUUAUAUACCUGUCAGCAACAGGUGAGGCUGAAAUAGCUGAAUCCACUAAUUUGAAGGGGUGUCCACAUACUUUUGGUCAUGUAGUGUACCAUGUUUAAAAUAUAUAAUAACUGGUACAAUACCUGGUAAUAACAUAUAAUAGAUCUAAAAAAUGGUUUAUAAGCACUAUAUAAUGUAUAAUGUGUCUCACUAGAUCUCAGAACACUUUACAUUGUAGAACAUGUAGUCUUCUUUGCCUAACAAUAUCCAUACUUCCAUUUUUUAACCCACUGCAUUGUCGCCAACACCAGCCUAAAGUUGCAUCCUUCCCUCCCUCCCUAGGGUAAAAAGUUUGUAGGCGACCUGUUUAAUGAUGGGAAGAUCCGCUGGGUGGAGACGGGGCAGACCUUCAACUCUCCCAGUGCCUGGGCCACACACUGCAAGCGCCUGGUCAACCCUGCUAAGAAGUCGGGCUGUGGGUGGGCCUCAGUGCGCUACCGGGGCCAAAAACUAGUGCAGUACAAGACCAGCUGGCUGCAGAAGUACCAGCCCAGCGCAGACAUGGUGAGGAGGAGAAAAAUAGAGGGGUAGUGGAAGAAAACGAGGGAGGUUUGUUGAUACGGAAACAAACAUCUCUACAGGAAAAGAGGAAUCAAAAGGAAGGGAUGCUGAAAGAGGGAGAUUGGGAGGGAGAGAAGCGCUGUAGAACACUGUUAGUAUGAAUAAUGGCAUCUCAAACCCUCCCUCUUCCUGUGAUGUCAGAGCUUGGUGAGCGAGGUAGAAGAUGACGAGAUGAGAGAUGAGGAGGAGAAAGAGGGAAAGACACCAUUGCCGACAGAUGACAAGAACAGGAAGAACAAACUUGAGCUGCAUGGUGAGAUAUUAAAUACACCAAGAAUCUGGAGAAAUGGCAUUAUGUAAUUUAAACUAUUUUAUGCUAGAGAGUGAUAUGGGAAAGAUGUAUCUAAUGGGCUCCCUCAAACAGAUAUCAGCCUUGUGCCCAAGAGAGGAGAGAGAGAGAUAAUCCCUGUCAGAUACUGCACUCUGGGUACCAGGGAUGCUGCAAGGUAUAAUUGUGCUCAUCCCAGCCUGUCUCAAUAAUGCAUAUAAGUAAGCAUCAACACUUAAACACAUACUGUAUAUCAACAGGGAUCCACACACAUUGGUGGAGUUAUCAGCUUUCUCAGCCAUCAACAGAUUCCAGCCUUUCAAUGUGGCUGUAUCCAGCAACGUGAUGCUUCUCAUGGUAAGCAUGAGUCGUACAGUGGUAGUAAGAUAAAAAAUGUAAAACCGGGGGUGUAGGCUACAGUUUGAGUCUGUUGUAUUGGGGGAAAGUGACAGAUGUAUGAUCUUGUGCCCUCAGGAUUUCCACUGUCACCUGACCACCAGUGAGGUGGUGGGCUACCUCGGAGGACGAUGGGACACUAACACACAACGUUAGUAUUACCUUUAAAAGCAGAGACAGUGAGCAAUGUCUGAAACAUGACAUUGCACUCCCCAGGCUCUGGCAUUACAGUAACGAUCUUCAACAUGUAUGACCUCUGUUGUUGUGCCCUUUUGCUUGCAGUUCUGACAGUUUUAAGAGCAUUUCCCUGUCGCACACGAUUGGCAGACAGAGAUUCGGCCUCUGCUGUUGAGGAAGAGGUAAGCCCUAGUAACACUGCUAAUAUCAGGACAUGGAUCAACACGCCAAUUCCAUAGUAUGAUACAAUCAUACAUGUUUGUGCGAAACACAAAUUGUCUCUUCUAUCAAUGACCUUUCAGAUCUGCCAGAAUCUGUUCAUACAAGGUCUGUCAUUAGUGGGCUGGUACCACAGUCAUCCUCGGGGCCCCGCCCUGCCGUCCCUGCAGGACAUCGACUCCCAGAUGGACCACCAGCUCAGGCUCCAGGGGAGCAGCAAUGGCUUCCAGCCCUGCCUGGGCAUCAUCUGUGGUCAGUACUGGGCUUGGACAUGGGGCCUGGGCCUGGGGCUCUGAGCCCAGUGACCCAUCACCCACGGUCACAAUCAGUUUGCACCAAUGGGAGAAAACGUUUUCAAAAAUAACAUUUAAAAAAACAGCCAUUGUGCUAACAUUCCAAUGUGUCCCUGAUUUCUAGGGCCCUAUUACCAUGGGAACCAGGGUGUGGCAUCCACUAUAACGCCGUUCUGGGUAGUGCCACCUCCUGAGGUGAGUGCAGUUGUAGUACGCAGGUUGAUGUUUAUUGUCAUGAAUCUUGCCCUGGAGGCAGAACUGAGCUAUUUCCGCUAACUGGGCCAGCUGCAAAGUAAAAAUGGGCUAUAUCGUAAAAAUUAAUGAAAACAAAAAUUAGCUUUUUGGUCUUCAUUUAAGGUUAGGAUUAGGCAUUAGGGUUAGCGGUGUGGUUAAGGUUAGGGUGAAGGUUAGGUUUAAAAUCAGAUUUUAUUACUUUGUGGCUUUACCAGCUAGUGUCCACUUUUCAGAGCUGCCUCCGGGUCAAGAUUCAUGACAAUAAAUGCCAACCUGCUGGUAGUACAUGCCUUUAUGAAUAAGAACAUAUUCCUCUAAAAUAAGGUAAAUGUCUAUAACACAAACUUAUCACUAUUCUUCCAUCCACAGCAAAGGCCCAAUGACUAUGGCAUCCCUGUGGUGGUGGAGGUGACCUAUGUACAAGAUAACUUCCUGACCAGUGACAUCCUGAAUGAGAUGGUACUGUUUGUAAACUAAGUUAUCAUCAUAGUAACCAUACCUAUGCAAAUUAAUUCAAAUGGUAGGCCAUUGGCCAUUUUGUCACUAUGUUCUUCUUACUGUAUUCAAUUAUUGUUCCACAGAUGCUGCUGGUGGACUUCUACAGGGCAGCUCCUGACCUGGUGCAGUUCCAUCAGUUCUGGUGUCCUGAUCGCACCAUGAUGGACAAAAUCAAGGUCUGUGAAACAUAAGCCAUUUACAACAGGAAACUGCUAUGUAACACAAGGAGCAUAGAUUCCACACCAUGUUAAUCACUUAGGGCCGGAUGCUAACUUGUGAUCUGCGCAUGAUACCCAAAUUAUCACAAAUCUCUCAUUGACAUCAAUACAUUUGCGUGAAGUUCGAGUCAUGCAUGUUAUCUCCAGUUAGGAUUUGUCCCUCAGAGAUUUCCUCCUCACCUGUUGUCUCCCUCUCUCUCCCCCAGGGCUCUCUGAGCGGCCACACACCCAAAAACCAGGCCUACUCUCAGAUCCUGGAGCAUGUCUACAACCAACUCAUCAACACACACUGAGGUGGAAGAGAAACAAGUUUGUGUAUAAUGCACUGGCCUCAAAUGAAAAUCUCAAAAUUACACCCUAUUCCCCAUAUACUGUAGUGCACUACUUUUGUAGGUCUCUAUAUAGGGAAUAGGCUCUACACAGAGAAUAGGUUGUCAUUUCUGCCCUUUGUCUGUGGUGUUACAACUGCUGUCCUGGCCUCAGACGUACUGUAAGCUGAAUGUGCACUGCCCUGAAGGAGGAGAUGGUGACUCCAGAGUCCGGAGGGCGAGUGUACUGCUCUCCAUGGCCUUUUCUGACUGUGAGGUCUGUAUCACUGACAAUGUUUGUACAGUAUAACAUUAUGAUUUGUGUGCUGUGAAUGUGUCCCCUAGCGUCUGCUGCCAGUGCUUGGUGUCAGACUGUUUUUACAGAAGUCGACAUGGAAAUGAGGAUCUUCCUCUUCUCUAUUACCUGUGAUAUAUUUAUUGAAACUGUGGUCUGUGACAUGUGGAAGUACUGAUAUGAGAACAAUGCCUUGAACCUGCUGAGUACACCAGAACAAGAUGGCGCUGACAGACAUGUCAGCUCUGCUUCUAGCUCCUAAGCAACUUUACAGCACAAGCAUUUCCCUACACCCGCAAUAACAUCUGCUAAAUAUGUGUAUGUGACCAAUAAAAUGUGAUUUGUUUAAAAACACAUAGUGGAACUACUUCUGUGUUUCUGUAGUAGUAGUAGUAGAUUCUUGUUUUUUUUGCAGUCACUAACCAUGUUUCCAUCUACAGUUUUUAUGCUAGUAAAGUCAUUGCAUAAGAAAAAAAAUCACUACAACUGUGAUGGAAACAGGAAGUUUCAGUACAAUUUAAUAAAUGCAGAUAGAUAAUUUAUUCGUUCGACAUGGCGGGAUCUUUUUGUGUUGGUAAAAUUGAUUACGCGAGAAAUCGCGGUGGACACGACUUUAUACGCAAAUAUUGAUAUAAUAACCAUUAUAUCGAAGUAAACUUGGAGUCACGCGAUGAUAUGGUGUGUGGGUCCUCCCACUACAACUCCGGAAACCAUGCAGGUUAUUAGGCUACAGAUGAAAUAAAUUAUGAUGAACUUCACAGGCUGGUGAAAGUGCACGGUGAUGAGUUUGAUGCUCCUUUCCAAUAAAUAUUGAGGGUCUUAUUCUGGUAAAACGAUGAGCGAUGCUGGACUGACGUUUGACAAAUAUUUUCGCUUUUAUCCAUAAAAAAAUUAUCCAUAAUAAUCUCAUCAUGUAGACUAGCCUACCAUCACAGUUUACUCGCACCCUAGCUAUUGUUGAUGAUCACAAGUUUACUGGAGAACGGAGACCAAGUAGAGACUUUUGGACAAGGUGGAUAAUUGUAUAAUAUAAGGCAGUUUAUUCAGAGGUAAAGAUAUCUGAAAUCGCGUGCACGGACCCGUUCGUCAAUCUCGUAGGGAGAUAUCUGAGAGCGCGCCCAAAACAUUGUGUGCUGACAUUUUAUACAAUAAAAUAAAGUAGGUUGAUUCUAGUAGUUCUGAUCUUCCGAUUGGUCCUGAUGAGUUGGUCGAGGUCAUCUCCAUUGCAUUGGCUCUGAGUCGGGUUCUCUGUCUUCAGAUGUUCCUAAGAGAAGGGGUUUUUUGUGUGUGUGUGCUUAACAAUGAUGAUGUGUGUGUAUGUGUGUGUGUGUGUGUGUGUAUGUGUGUGUGUGUAUGUGUGUGUAUGUUUAACGAUGAUGAUGUGUGUGUGUGUGUGUGUGUGUAUGUGUGUGUGUGUGGGGGGUGUGUGUGUGUAUGUCCUCAGAGCAAUAACUCGUGAGUUUGGGAGAGCUGAGAGACCUAUGGCGUGGGUGUUGUCCAUAGCCACCUGCUGAUAAGGCCGACAAGAUAGAAGUCUUUGUGCAUUGUAUUAAAUCCCAAGGCCCAACACAAGAUGGGUUAUGCACAAGAUUUUAGUCAGACCAAGCUAUAACAUAAUAUAUUUACUACGACACUAUGCUGUUGGCUAGAGCGCACAUGCCAAAACCAAAGUAGGCACAUUUUCUAUUUAAAAGGAUUGUUGUAGAAUUUUUGCAUUGCAAUUUCAGAAAAUGUCCAUAAUAUAUCUGCCACUAAUAGUGGAAUGAUAGUGUUUCACAGUAUUACUUACCCGACAGUGUUGUGAUUGGCUGUGAUAUUCGCCUGUUGAUUUCUCCAGCCGGAGAGGCAUCUGUUGUCAAAAUGGGGCGAGUUUUUGCCUGCGCUGCAGAUAUAUUGGUCCGCUAAUACAGGACUAUUAAAGGCCCAGUGCACAAUUUUUUUUAAUUCCGAUUUUUGAGGGGCUGCUGCAGGACCCUCAGCAUCCCUACUGUACGUCCCGUGGCUAUGGGUUCACCAGUUGAUAAAACUGAUAUUUUUUGUUAUUAAAAUGAUAUUUUCACAACGAUUUAGAUGGUACAAUGAUUCCCUACAAUAUUCAGUGCUUGUUUUCUCACAUAAACUGAAAUCGAGUGAACAGUGUAGAAUUGUACGAACCAGGAAAUGACAGAGCGAUUUCCACAACCUUUUUUGAGAGUUAUUUAAGAUACUCUUCAGGGUUUGAUGUUUUCGGAAAAUGGGAAGGAACCCCGCUGUCCUGACUUUAGGGGGAAGCUUGUUCUACCAUUGGGGUGCCAGGACAGAGAAGAGCUUUGACUGGGGUGCGAGGGCCAAGAGACCAGAGGUGGCGGAUCAGAGUGCUCGGGUUGGGAUGUAGGAUUUGAGCCUGAAGGUAAGGAGGGGCAGUUAUCCUUGCUGCUCCGUAGACAAGCACCAGGAGUUUGAAGAUUAUGCGAUCUUCGACUGGAAGACAGUGGAGUGUGUGGAGGAGUGGGGUAACAUAGGAGAAUUUAGGAAGGUUGAACACCAGGCAGGCUGCGGCAUUCUGGAUAAAUUGCAGGGGUUUGAUGGCACAAACAGGUGAGCCCAGCCAACAGAGAGUUGCAGUAGUCUAGACGGGAGAUGACAAGUUCCUGAAUUAGGAUCUGCGCCGCUUCCUGUGUGAGGUAGAGUUGUAGAGCAGGGGUAAACUUUUUGGCUCGAGGGCCACAUCGGGAUUUCGAAAUUCAAAGGAGGGCGGCACAGAUUGUUUUGGGGACCGAUUUGUUUGUCAAAAUCAAUUUGCGCCCCAGAAAAAGUGCAGUUAUUUGAAAAUAUAUUGGUACAUUAUAAUUUAUACAUACUUUAUAUCUAGUUUUAGACGUUCAAGAGUGGCCUGGAGUGUUUUUCUAACCCAAAAUAAAUGGUCUGGAUCCGGCCCGCGGGCCAUAGUUUGAAUCCAUCCUAGAAAUGAAAUGUGACACAUCAUGAUAAGGUUCUAGUCACUGGAGAUAGUUUUGAUACCCCCAUCACACUCCAGAUCGCCAAAUAAACCAAUCGAUGGUAUGGACAUGCUCGUCUAGAACAUUAAUCUGUCUAUAUUGUCAAGUACAUAUUUUGUUAAAAUGUCCUCAAAGUGCACAGUACACUGCCAGAUUAAUAUAAUUUCAACUACCAUGAAACAAAGUGGUUCUCUCCUCACAGGGCCCUUGCACAUUGCCAUAGCAACCUGACAGUUUUGAGCUAGAAAUGCGAUCUCUACCAGGUUGAACAUGGUGAGAUUGAAAUUCCUAAAUUGAUAGUGCAGUUUGAUUCAUCAGUGCAGUUUGUUGGAUUUUACAACUACUUCACAUGCUGAUAUUAACUGGCAUUAUUGUGUGUAGCUACAUUUUCUAACUAGCUACCUACCUAGCUAGCCAGCCAGCCUUUCUAUAGAGAGCAUUGCGGAUUUUGUAGUCGACUUGAGUUCUGCAGAUUUCCACAACAAUUUUCACGUUGCUUCCUAACAUAUUAUAACGAAAUGCAAACAUUUCACAACAUACUGUUCUCCCAAAUUUGCGUUAUUUAGCAAUGUAAAUCAUAGGAAUUUGUGGUUUUUAGUGGAUUAUUCCUUUAAGAUUAAGUGGACAAGUGACAAGUGCAUGGAAUUCAAAUUAGGACAGACAGGUGAGAGAUGGGGAAAAGAGAAAAUCCCCAUUUAGGAUAAAUUUGUAGCCCUGUGCCACCACCGCCACGACUGGAUGCUCUCAGACUAUGAAAGAACAGUCAGAUGACGAAAGAGCAGCUGGAGUAGCAGUGUUCUCUGGGGUAAUCCAUGUCUCAGUCAGGGCCAAAAAGUGUAGGGACUGAAAGGCAACAUAGGCUGAGAUUAACUCAGCCUUAUUGACCGCAGAUCAGCAGUUCCAAACGCUUCCGGAGACUGGGAGUUCCACAUGGGUUGUGCGCACAGGGUACACUAAAUUAUAUGGGUUGCAGCCAUGGGGUGGGGAGCGUCUGUAAAACCUGCAGGGAGAGGAGCGAACUGGUAUAGAAAACACAGUUGACAAAGCUAUAAAAGAGCAAAAUGAGAUAAUCCGAAAAUAACUAGAUAACAGACUCAGGUGAAAGAGUGGUGUGAAGCCUCCUUCGAACAACUCGUCAGAACGUCUUUGUUUCGGGGACAACACCGCUGAAAAAACGGGGGAGACCGAAAUACUAGCACUAAUUACCUAGCAGAGGUGAACGACACACCUCCCAGCACUGAUUGCUGAUUGCCUGGCAGAGGUGACGUAAACACCCCCUACAAUACAACACACCCACAAAUUACACAAAUAGGCCUGAAACUAAUCUAAAUCCACAACGACAGUCAAGUACUGAGCAAUAAGACAGUUCAAACAGCAAUGAUUAAGUAGGCUACUAGGUCAAAUACAGCGCUUAAAUUAAAUUGCCCUAGCAAGACAAUACCAACAGCUACUUUUUGAAUAAAAAAUAUAUACUUGCUUCUCUUGUAGGUUCGGAUGUCCUGCCAAACUAUAGAUGACGCACAAGUCAGUUUGGUGGAAACGCACCACUGGUGUGCGCAUAUUUUCUUUAUGCAGAUUUAAGAAUAUUUGCAUGAAAAUCUGUCACCAAUUGGAUGGAAACCUAGCUAUAGACUGAAUGAAUUGCACACCAUUUACAACCAUAGAAUCAUCAAAAGUAAAAUCCUAAACUAGCACAAUAUUUGUAAUAAAAUACAAUGUUAACAAUAUACAAUAUAAUAUGCAAUAUAUACAAGACAAUUGUAUUUUAUAAUAAAUACUGUAUUUUACUGUCUGCUCACUGUUAAGUGUUGAUGGUACUUUGGAAAUAACUACACUGCCACCUUUUGUCCCACCAACCUAUUGAACAUUUCAAGCAAAAACACAAAACAUAAAGAUGAAAAAUAAUCAUUAGUGGUGCUUCCACCUCCUCACAUGCGUUAACAUUUUGGCACCCAAGCAGUAAUAGUUUAUUUACAUUUAUGAUCAAAACAUUAUUUUCAAAAACAGUCUGUACACAGUGCAAAUUGCUUUUUUCCUCUCUAUUUAUUUACUCAAAGACAGGAGAAUGGGGGAAACGAGAAAGCAGGUACAAAUAUUUUUAUAAUACAUGACAAGAUAUUGCAGUUAAACUUGACAUACCAUACUAAAAUGACAUACCAAAAGUAAAAAGAAAACUAAAAUACAUACAUUUACAAGUUAUUGGAUAGACCUACAUGCAAAGAUUAAUGUAAAAAAAAAAAAAAAAAAAAGGUAAAGGUAUGUAAAAAAGUAAUACUAUUGAGUGCCAGAAUUAUCUUUUUUAGUUCAAAUGAUAAUUUCGGUUCUCCAACGGAUUAGACAGAAAUAACCCUUUUUAAAAAGUGUAGUGUGUCACAAAAGCAAGUGUACACAUGCACAAACGUCUGUACACAGCAAAGUGCCAAGGCUGAAAAUGAACAGAACCAUUAGUACAGAAAUUCAUGACCAUAGUAAGUAGCUUGGUUAUUUUGGUUGGUUGUAUUAGUCUUUCCCUCAUUUCUUUCCCAAAGGCACUGAAGCACCCCUAACUAGAAAUUAUUACAUGUGUUUGUUUGGGACUCUUAUUGGUGUGUGAGCCAGUCAGCACCAGGUUGCUCUGUAUCAGUCCACCAUUGCACUCUGUCAUUGAAAUGAAUGGAACCCAGGCCUGUAAACGUAUGGGAGAGCACUAACACCAGAGAGAAGGUGUUGUGAGAGACAUAGCAGAGUGGUGGAUGGAGGGAGCAGGCUGGAAGAGAGAAGAGUAGCUAAAACUCAUGACCAAUGAAAGUAGCCUGGAAAUAUGUGAAUGAAAGAGUGCACUGCAGCAUGUGACUCAAUCAUAUCGUCUCCACAACUAUCAAUCGUGGAGGGUCUCUAAGCUCUGAUAGGAAAAGCCCCUGCUACCAAGAUGCAUACUAACAGAACCAUCAUCACAAAUAAAAUAAGAACUAUAUAUUAUUAUUCAGUUUCCCGGUCUUUUCCUCAUUCAGUAUUUGACGCCCUACGCAGUCCUGUCCAGCAGCACACACCCAACCCCUCCUACUACGAGACCCGGGGAGGAGUAUGA